UUCUAGCGAAGGAUAAUUUAAUCCUGCCAUCCAAACAGAAAACGAAACAGCCUCCAAAAGCACAUCGAUUUGGGAGGGAAAAUCAAUCCCAGAAAGCCAAAAUCAGUUUUGGGGAAAAGGGUUUUGCUUUCUCUUUCUAAUUUUUGAAGGGUUUCUUCGUUAAUCUUAUAUGUUAGAUUUUGAUUUCGAUUUCGAUUUUGUUGAGAUAUGAAAAGGCGACACUGCGAGAAAGUUUUGAUUCGUAUUCACAAUUUUGGUACACCAUUGAUUUCUGGGUCUUCUGGUUUGCCUGUGGAUUCACUUCACAUUGAAUCAGAUCGGCCGUACACGUUUGGUCGAAGUAGUAGUAAUGGGUUUUGUGAUUUUGUCUUUGAUCAUAGCUCUAUCAGUAGGAAGCACUGUCAGAUUCUAUUUGAUAGCCAAAGUCACAAACUUUAUAUUUUUGAUGGCGUGAUUGUCUUACCUUCAGUUAGUUUUAGUCAAGUUUAUGAUGAGUUUAGGAGAAGAUUAGUUGAUUUUGAGGAUUUGGGGAAUUUGAAAUUUAGUGUUUCUUUGAAUGGUGUGUUUGUUAAUCGUGUUAGGGUUAGGAAAGCUAAGAUUCAGGAGGUUUCAAUUGGUGAUGAGGUAUUGUUUGUUUGCGGGAAGGAAGGGUUGUGUUAUAAUCAUGGUCGAGUUGGGUUUAGGGUUCAAGAGAUUGAUUUUGAAGGAAGAGAUACUUCGAUUAUAUCGGUCUCGUCAGGACAUUCUCGAGGAACUUUUUCCAGUGGGAAGAGAAGCAAACGGGUUUUUGCUCCGAUGGAAAACGAGAUUAAUUCUCCAGUUUCUGGGGUUUGUCCACGUAAAGCUGUUGGUGUUGCUGAGAGAGUGAAUUCUCUUGUAAGCUAUUGUAGACAUAUAUUGAGCAGUGAUGAUCCUAUGUCUUGCCUUAGGGUAUCUAUUAUCUCAGAUUCUGGAAAGGAAUGUCUAUCUUGUUGUACAUCCAAAAUGUUAAGUUCGAAAGUAAGUAUAGUGGCCGAUAAUAGAGGAGUUAAGAGUGCGGAGAAAAAUCAUGAGAUUGGUCAUGGUUUGUCUGGUUUAAGGUUGAGUAUUGAACGGCCAAGCCCAAAUUUACAUGUAGAUAGAAGACUAGGUGUCUCUGACUUGAUUAGUGAAAUAGAAUAUGACGGUUCUGCUUGUAUUUCUGUCAGUGCCAAGACUAGGACUAUGCUUCCUUUUGAUGGGGUAAAAGAAAACAUUCCCGAUAUUAGUUGCAUCGAUAAAGAGAAAAGUCAUCUAUGUUCUCUCCCAGCACCUCCAGCACCUGGGAAGAACUUUUAUCUAAAUCGUCUUCAAUAUAUUGAACAAAACUCAACUGGUAGUCAACGGGUGGUUUCCUUGCCAGAACUUCUCCACCCUGUGGAAAGCAUUCAACAAAUCUUUAUUGCAACAUUGACAAGUGAUAUCUUAUGGUUUCUUACCUGUUGUGAGAUACCUAGCCACUUGCCUGUGACUAUUGCAUGUCACCAUGCUGAGAGAUGUUGGAGUUCAAGCCCUGAUGCAAGAUCUACUGCUCCUUUGCCAAAUUACCCAAAUGUAACUAUGGUGUUUCCACCAUUUCCUGAGGAAAUUGCAUUUGGUAAAGACCGCAAGAACCGUGGCAUUGCUUGUCAUCACCCUAAGCUGUUUAUAUUGCAAAGAGAAGUAAGCAUUCGUGUAAUUAUUACAUCUGCAAACUUAGUGGCAAGACAGUGGAAUGACGUGACCAACACAGUUUGGUGGCAAGAUUUUCCUCGAAGAGCAGACCCUGAUGUUUUAUCCCUUUUCGGCCAUUGCCGAAGAGAAACCAAUCAUGGUUUAAAAACAGAUUUUUGUGCUCAGCUGGCUGGAUUUGCUGCAUCACUUUUGACUGAUGUUCCAAGUCAGGCCCAUUGGAUUAUUGAGUUCACGAAGUACAACUUUGAACACUCAGCAUGUCACCUUGUGGCUUCAGUGCCUGGAAUUCAUUCUUAUAAGCCAUCUUAUCUUACAGAGUCUGUUUGCUCAAAUACCAAUUUCAAUGAAGAAUUUCUGGGAUCUGUUGAAGCAUCUGUUGUAGGUCUCAGUUACCUUUUCCGUUCUGCCAAUGAUUCCACAGGCUUACAACUGAAACGACUGGCUUCAUAUAUCCGCAGAGCCCGGGAAAAUUCUCUCGGAAUGUUGGAACUUGUUUUGAGAAGAAAUACGAAUGUGCCUGCUGACGCGAAUGCUGUGAGCGUCCUUGUUCCUAACCCAGAUGAUGAUUCAAGAGAUGAUUUUGUCCAACUAGGCUUUUUGCCACGGGAUAUUGCAAAAUGGGUGUCUCCUUUGUGGGAUAUUGGGUUCUUUAAAUUUGUGGGAUAUGUGUAUCGGGAUGAAGUCCUUGGAGCUGCUUCUAGUAGGAGCAACGAGAAGGUGCAACUAAUGCUGCAUGUAUUACAGGGAGUGUCCAUUUCAGAUGUGUCAAAGUUGAUUCAACCUAAUCAUGUUGUUGCAUUGUGCUCGUUGAUUGCUUCAGUUCAGAGAUGUUCUGGCAUUUGGAGGCUACAAGAGGUGUUAGGCCGUUACAAGUGGCCCGAAUCUCUGGAAUCUGAUUUCGUCUACAGUGCAUCCUCGAUUGGAGGCUCAGCAACUUCAGGAUUUCAAGCUGAUUUUUCAUCAGCUGCAGGUAAAAAAGCGUUACAGCAUUUUGACUCCCAGGAAUCUGAUCCAGAGUGGGGAUGCUGGAGUAAUAGGGAAGAACGGGAAGCUCCUUCCAUUAAAGUCAUCUUCCCUACCAUUGAAAGAGUCAAGAAUGGCCAUCAUGGUGUCUUGUCUUCAAGACGUUUGCUUUGCUUCUCUGAGAAAACCUGGCAAAAGUUGAGAUAUAAUAAUGUGCUUCACGAUGCAGUUCCUAAUCCUCAAGAUAGAGUUGGACACCCGAUGCAUAUCAAGGUGGCUAGGAGACUCUUUACCUCCACGAGAGGUUCACGAUCUUCUUCGUUUGGUUGGGUUUACUGCGGCUCACAUAAUUUCAGUGCAGCUGCCUGGGGACGGACCAUUUCCAGAUCCUCCAGGAACAACCAGGACGAGUCCCACAAUGCCAUCAGAUCAGUUAAAAAACUUCGUGUAUGUAACUAUGAGCUCGGGAUUGUCUUCGUUUUCCCUCCGCCUCAUGAAGAAAUGGAUUCAUGUGACCGGUCUAAGAUCGAUGAUAUUGUGUUGCCGUUUGUUGUACCGGCUCCAAAAUAUGGAUGGAGUGAUAGACCAGCUACAGGUUUGGCUAUGAGAGAAGCUUUGGCUGAGUUUAGGGAAGGCCUUAGAAGUUUCUGUGGAGAAUCAGAAGCUGAGGAAGAAGUGGAAGAAGAAGAUGAAGAUGAAGAUGAAGCUGAAGGAAGAGUAGAGUUUGUUGCAGAAGAGGUGAAGCAAGAGGAAAAGGCUUAUGCUGAGGCCUUGUGGAGCCAGGUUGAAUCCUCCUCCUCCCUCAGCUCCUGAAACGUUUGACAAAAUGACGAAUAUACCCUUGUAUCUGUAUUUCUAUGUAACUAGUGAAUUGUUUGCAAUAAAAAUAAAAUUUUGAAAAAAAUAAUAAUAAGAAAUGAAAGGAAUUCAUUUGAUAA